AUUACAGAAUAAGAACAACGACCCAAUGCAGUGCCACUGACACUCAGAGCAAUCGAAGUGAGAGAAAAACAAAGCUCUCUUACGACAGAGAAAUCGAAAGCAAACCCACAAAAAAUAACAGAAACAAUUCGAAUUCCAAGAAGAAGAAGAGCUACGAAGGUCAGAAUUCAACGAAUCAUUGCACACACACACACACAGAGGUUCGUUCUUUCUCUAUCUCUGUGUCUCUGUUGGUGUGUUUGUAUUUUGCUUUUCCGAUUUCUCUGUUAUGCAAGUUCGAAACUUUUGAAGUCACGUCCCAACCCAGAAAGUGUUCCCUCUGAUCUCUUUAGUUUCACUUCAACUCGCGAUCUCAAGUGUGUUGCAUCGUAGAAUUUCGGUUUAGGAGUCGUUGUUUUGAAUAAAUGGAGUGUCUUUGGAUGGUGCAGCCAUGAAAUUUACGGGUUUCUCAGCUAAUGAAUUUCUGUUAUGGAGAUUUAAAGUUUAGGGUUUUGAUAUAUGAAGAAUUUUGAAGAUGGGUUUUAAGUAAAUAUUAGGGAUUUGUAACUGAGCUUGAUCUCUGCUUGGGUUUGUAAUUUGGUUUCUAGGGCUUCUGUUUUUGGUACUAGGAUGAGCUUUGACUCUGUAUUUUAUGGUCUAUGGAUGGAUGAAUUUGGGGUUGUUUGGAUAUUGAGCUAACCGUAACUCUGAAGGGUUUGGGGGGAGUUUAUAUAUAUCUGUUGUAUGAGUUUGUUCGCUGAGAAAUGCAUCCCCAGAAGUACUCCCGAAUCGAUGUGGCUGAUUUGAAGGCUCAGAUAGUGCAGAAGAUUGGACCCAAAAGGUUCAAGCAGUACUUUUAUUACUUGACUAGAUUCUUGAGUCAUAAGUUGACUAAGAUUGAGUUUGAUAGAUUGUGUGUUUGGGUGCUCGGGAGGGAGAAUCUACCAGUUCAUAACCAAUUUAUACGUUCGAUCUUGAAGAAUGCAUUUCAUGCAAAAACCCCACCUUCAAUGCAUGAAGUGGGACCCACAAAAUCUUCUGUAGUAUCUGGAAAAAGUUCUCCCACUAUUGAAGAUGGCCAUGAACAAAAUGGGUUGUUUGUUCCAAAUCAAACAUCAAGUGUGCCGAUUUGGUCGAAUGGGGUUGUUUUACCAAUGUCCCCAAGAAAGGGUAGGUCUGCGAUUCGUGAUAGGAAACUUAAGGAUCGGCCCAGCCCUCUCGGAUAUAAUGAAAAGGCAUAUGUUGCAUCUCAUCAAUCAACAACUACAGAAGACAGUGUUUUCAAAACCCUCAUGGAAAAUGGGAAUUUGGUUCCAUGCGACUACCAGAGGCCAGUGCAGCAUAUUCAAGGACUCGCUGAGCAGUCUGAAAAUGGAAGACCUAGAAUAGAGAACUCAACUGGUGCUCCGUUUUCUCUACGUAGCAAAGGUCAAAUUGAAGCGGCUGUUGUUGAAGAUGGGGAAGAGGUGGAACAGGCUAGCCAUUCGUAUAUCUCUAGAAGUUCUCUUGUUGCUCCUCUUGGGAUUCCGUUUUGCUCGGCUAGUGUUGGAGGGUCCCAGAAAGCAUUACCCUCGGCCAGCACUAAUUAUGAUGUUUUCUGUUUUGACAGUGGGGGUUUGUCUGAUACAGAAACACUGAGGAAACGGAUGGAGCAGAUUGCACUGCUACAAGGCCUCGGAGGAGUUUCUAUGGAAUGUGCUAAUGUGUUGAAUAACAUGUUGGAUGUGUACUUGAAGAGGUUGGUCAGGUCUUCUGUGCAGUUGGUUGGGGUGAGUUCUGGGUAUGAGCUAAAAAGGCAGCCUGCCCCCAAACAUCAGAUUCAAAGCAAGCUUAUUAAUGGUAUGUUGCCUAGUAAUCACGUGCAUAAGCAAAGCAAUGGUGGGCCCCCAGAAGCCGUGCAAGAAUGCAGACCAAUAUCAUUGCUUGAUUUCAAGGUUGCAAUGGAGUUAAAUCCACAGCAACUUGGAGAAGACUGGCCAUUGUUGCUGGAGAAGAUAUGUAUGAAUGCAUUUGAGGAAUAGCACACCCAAAAAGAUAUUGGUGUUUCCUUGGCUUGAGAUCUGAGAGACAUGGUUGAUGCAGCCAUAUUUCUUUUUAUGGCCACGGUGAACCAGAUGACUUCUUCUCAGAUGUAGCUUAGACCCUUGCAAGAUGAACAAUGGAUCCGAGCUUGCCACAUCCCCAUGUUCGGUUGCCAUCUAAGGGCAAUUUCGUGCAGAAUGCCGGUGUUUGGUUGCACUGUUGUAUGUUUAGCAUUUGUGUUGGCUGUCUUACGUUGUCACUGAAGAUCUUCUGUGUAAAUUACAGCCAAUGAGGAGGAAAUCUUAAAAAGUUUUGCAGGGGUACUGCUGUGUAGCUUGGUGAAAGGAUGGUAAAUUUUUGUUACAUUCAAUCCUUGCUACUUCCAAGGAGUGUGCUCAUACAAAGAACUGAAUAUUUUUGUCCUGUAUUACUCAAUAAAGGAUAAUAUCAGUGGAGAGCUCAAAGUUAUUGGUUGCAUUGCUGAGUGCACAUGUGGUGAAUUUUUUGACUCUGGAAACAAAGUAAGGUGUUGGGGACAAAAAUAAGAGUACAGUAAUGGUUAUUUCAUGCCAUGCUUCUUCAGAGUUGAAGCGGAAGUUCUUGUGAAGAAAUUUUGUUUGAUUCUCUACUUAAUUGAUUUUCAUUUGGUGUCAAAGACUUCUUUUUAUCCCACAUUUUUUUUUUCUUUAGCCAUGUAAACUGGAUUCAUUUUGGUCUAUGCUGCUUUUCUUAUUACAUCAAAAUAAUGUUAUCAUGUCA